AUGGAAAAUAUUAUAAACUUAGUAAUUAAUGCUCUAUCAAGAUUGUUGUUAGCAAAAGUUUCUUCUUCUCAAAUAACAAUAGAAGAUGCUAUUGGAAAUGUAUCCAAGGCCUCUUUAUUCCGUUGGUCUGUUAAUAAAAACUCGGAUGAGAUUAUGCAACAGACUGUUCAAGAUUCAGACCUAAUAAUGCAUCUAUUAAAGCCUCACCCUAGUUUAUAUCAUUCGCAUGAAAACUCUAAAAGGGUUGGAUACAAAAAUCAUACCAAUAUCUCUAAAUUGAAAAAGAGAAAAAGAGAUGUUAGUCCUUAUAAUAUAAAGAAAAAUUCAAGAAAGCAUAUAAAGAAAAAUUCAAGAAAGCGUAUAAAAAAACACUCCUCAAAUUCUAAUAAUGUAAUGAGUGGCCUAGAUUCUCAAUAUGUCAAGCAAAGUAUAUGA